UCUACAGUCAGACAAUAUCUGCAUCAGAGGUUAAAAUCAAGUUACUAGGCAAGGAAAUAAUCUAGAAAGAGGCCCUUAUGCUCGGCAUGAUCAGAGGAAACAGGACGGACCACUAAUUGCUAGAUGAAGAAUCAGGUGCCAUGGCGCAGAUGGGGCUCCCUCUCCUAACGUUGGCCUUGUGGGUUAGCGUUCGAGUAAAACUCCAUGUUGGUGGUGACCAGCUGAAGCCUGCCUGUGCACCUCUGCUGCCUCACCGGCCCUUUGUAGUGGUGUGGAAUGCUCCUACUGAAUCAUGCCGCCUUCGGUUCAAGGUGGACCUUGACCUCAGUGUUUUUGACAUUGUUGCAAACCUCAACGAAACCCUAAGUGGACCGAAUGUCACCAUAUUCUACCACAGCCACCUGGGAUACUACCCAUACUACUCCAACUCUGGGGUCCCUAUUAAUGGUGGUUUGCCACAGAACCAGAGCAUCUCCAAACAUCUAGGCAAAGCCCGUACCGAUAUUGACAAGCUGAUCCCUCACAAGGAAUUUCGAGGUCUGGGUGUCAUUGAUUGGGAGAACUGGAGGCCUCAGUGGGUCAGAAACUGGGGCUCCAAGAACAUCUACCGCAACAAGUCCAAAGAACAUAUACGCAAACUUCACCCAAACUGGCCUCAGAGCAAGGUGGAGAAGGAAGCAAAAGAAAAUUUCGAGAGAGCUGGACAGACCUUCAUGAACCUGACCUUGGCGCUGGCUGAAGCCCGCAGGCCGAAUGGACUGUGGGGGUUUUAUCUGUUCCCAGAUUGCUACAACUACGGGUACAAGCAGCAUCCACACCACUACACUGGGGAAUGCCCCAACAUUGAGCAUGUCCGCAAUGACCAUCUAAUGUGGCUCUGGAAGGAGAGUACGGCCCUUUAUCCAUCCAUCUACCUGGACUAUGAGCUUAAAUCAUCCCACAACACUGUCAAGUUUGUCCACUAUCGAGUCAAGGAAGCCAUGAGGAUUGCAUCCAUUGCUCGUGCGGACCUAACAUUGCCUGUGUUUGUCUACUCCAGACCUUUCUAUGCCUACACCUUUGUGGUUCUUUCAGAGAGUGACCUGGUUCAUACCAUUGGUGAGAGUGCCGCUUUGGGAGCAUCAGGCGUUGUCCUCUGGGGAUCAUCAGAGUACGCUCGAACACAGAGGAACUGUCUGACAGUGAAGAAGUACAUCGAUGGUCCGCUGGGACAUUACGUCAUCAACGUCACAUCUGCUGCUAAGCUCUGCAGCAAAGCAUUGUGCAAGAAGAACGGCAGGUGCAUCCGCAAGACUCUCGACUCUGGUGCUUACCUGCACCUGAAUCCACGCUUUUUCCAUAUCCACUACAACCCGGCAUCCAGGGGCCCCCACUUCCAUGUUAGCGGUCACCUCAACAACCAUGACAUCCUGGACAUGAAGCACAAGUUCACCUGCCAUUGCUACCAGGGCUGGACUGGGGUUCACUGUGAGAUGCCCCAGGCUCCACCCCAUCCUCCUCCUCCACAACAACCUGCCAUCCCACUUCCUUACCCCCGUGGGCAAAGCCUGCUCGGAGAUAUCCUGCUCCUCCUUUCCCUCCAUUUCUCCUGUCUGUGCAUCAUCAUGUUUCUGGGACUCUGUCUAAUUAUCAAGUGUCUGAUUCUCUAGCCAACAUAUUAGGACCAAAACGUAACUGAACAACAGAAUGGUCUGUAGAAAAAACUGAUUUUUGUCCCACCAUGUUAAAUUCCAUUGUCUUGGUGCUUUUUGUCCACCUGGUGGCCCCGCUUACUUCAAACACCCAAGAGUUGGCAUUUACCUCUUUCUACAACAGUUUUGCCAUCUGGGUGUGUUUAUUAUGGGAAGGAGAAAAGUCAUGUAAAUGUCCUGGCCAAGAAAAUGUCCAUGGACUUCAAUCAACCUUUAAUUACAUCAAUGUUUGCUAAAUACCAUUCAAAAAUGGUGGUGACAAAGACGAAGUGGGCAGAUUUGCCUGUAGGUGGAGACAUGAAGCUACCAUGUGGACGGACCAAUCACAGCUGGGCACACCCUGGACAGAUUGCCAGUCUAUCACAGGAUCAACAACCAUUCACUCUCACACUCAUACCUAUAAUCAAUUCAGAAUGUUCCAAAAAACCCAUAUGCACACGUAGAGUACAUGCAAACUCCACACAGAAAGACCCUCGUUUAAACCGGGAUUCGAAAAGGUGACCUUGCUGUGAGGCAACAUUUCUAGGAAAAGGCACGGUGUACAGAAUUCACCCAGGGUCCAUAGAGUAGCUGCACAUAGACCAAUGCAUGAUAGAUUCAUGACCUUGGAGCAGUUUCACAGGAAAACACAUUCACAGAAAUUCCUUAAACCAUUGCACCCACCAUAACAUCUGUACACUAUCCACGUGAAUCCAUGUGAUGACAGCAUCAUAAGAAGGUAUCCCAGAGGCCUCCGUUUUCAUCCGAGUCGUCCAACAGGAUCAGGGGCCCAUACCACAUCAGAUGACUUUAGAAGCAGCUUCACUCUUCAUUGUUUCAAGCCGUGAAGGCACCCUAUGAAGGAAAUCAUAGGUCACUUGCAUCCACUUUAUCGGUCUUCACUGCUAUUUUGUGUAGGCUUAGAGAUUUUCAGCCUUGUUUGCUGUAAAAGCUGGAAGAAGAAACAUGGAAAAGUGUUAUUCAGAAAGAAAGAAAGAAAGGAUAUAUGACAGUCACUGUCUGGAAAGUCUAAUAAAAAGACAACACCCUCCAAACUCUUUAAAUAGCAAUUAUUGCUCUUACUACGGCCCAGUGAACAACAUUAACACACAUGCAGACAGGUUUGCCUUCCUGGCAAACUGUUGCUUAGAGAUAAUUUGGAUAAUUGCUGCAGAGAUGAUGGGUUUAGGGAAAUAUCAGUUUCAGCCACACUUUGAACACUAGGUUUUUCAUACAAGGAAGUCAAAUUUGUCUUUUUCUUUGACAUUCAGCAAUUAUCUAAGCAGUGGAACUCUUUUUGUGCCAGUGUCUGUUUACAGCCUGGAUAAAAGAGAUGCAUGGAGGAAUUAUCUUGUAAAAUUUCACACACAAUUGAAGAAUCUACUGGCUCUAUUUGAACAUAACAAGAUGAUUCCUUCAGGCUUUUUUCUUUUAAAUUAAGCAAAGGCAUUGCAUAAUUACAGAUUUUGCAUAAACGAAGAAGCAACAGCAUUGAGUGUUGUACACGUUGAACAGCAAAGUGCUGGAAAAAGUAGAGAGAAGAGCUGGAGCACAAACUAAACACAUGUCAUCUAUUAAAACCUCAUAAGAAAAAUCAGUAAAUCAACACAGUCCCUGAGACAUUUUGGUUAUUUUACGGUCUGUGUCAUUUGUUUCAUUUGGGAUAAUGACUGUAAUGAAGCUGACAACACAGCCAGUACUUCAUCAGGCUGCUGAGUGUAGACUGAGUGCAGUCUGGUUGAGACAGCGCACGUCAAAUGAGUUGCCAUCGAGCUGCGGCAGGACGAGUCACAUGACCAAAAUGACAAAACAAUAGUCUCUGUGUUUGUCCCAUGAGAAAGGGAGGGUUGUGCCGACUGGCAAAUUUUGUUCUAAGAGGUGAGAGAUUAUUUUGCUAAUGGACAUUUAUGAUGAAAAAAAAUAUCCGGAGCUCAACUGUGGAUUAAAGAGGGCAAUGAAGUGACCUGAUUGUUUUAAGUGCACCUAGUGUUGGUGGUUUCUGCUAAAUGAUCACCUUUUGUUACUAAAAUCAAUGGAACUACAUUAGUGUGUGUUUGUACGCAUGUCUGUAUUUUUUUUAUUCAGUGUAGGUAGAUGGUGGACAAAAAAAGGAUUACAAGCUCUGACAUCUACAAGCUACUUUUUCAUGAUUACACUGUUGCAGGUUCAUCUAAUACAUAUUGUACUGUUAGAGUAAUCAAUAACAGUACAAUAUGCAGCUCUCAGAUCAAAGCAACUGAAAAAGGAUCCUGCAAGGAGGUCGACUGAAGAAACAAAUACAAGCAUUUGAUCACACAAAACUAAAAAAACAGAUGUUUGCCAGUUAUUGAGCUCACUAUACCAUCCUCUACAUAAAAAUGUAGGAGUGGAAAAUUAGUGAAUGGGAUUUUUAGACAAAAGAAAAGUCUUUGAGUGACGUAAAAUGCCUUGAGUUGACUUCAAUGCCACUAACAAGCAUUUAUGUCAUUUACAGUGGCAGUCAUCAGAUUGCUCCUGUGCACACACUGAACAUCUGAGCCACAUUCAAAGUUCUUAAAUGUUAGUCUGGCAGAGCAGAAGCUGACUUGGCGGAAUAUUUCUGCCAGCAUGUUUCUGUUUGUGGUCAUUAUCAGAUUAUGAUGAUCGGCAGACGAGGACGUAAACACCUGGGGCAUCUGGAGUUACUCUCAAUUAAACCUGAGAACGCGAGAACAGAGAAAAUGAUCACCGUCACUGAAAGUUAUAUCACAAAAUAAUUUGUUUCCUGUUCUCGUAUGACCACAUCUAAAGAGUCGACUUUCUAAGUACGCCGUUCACUGUAUCAACUUCAUAAAACAAACUGCCAAGGUUUAUCAUCCAAUGUGUCUUAAAUAGACAGAAACCAAACACCUGCAAUUUUACAAACCUCAACGCUUCAGUUUGCUCCUCUACUUGAACUAAUAACCAUAAUCAGCUGCAGUGCAGUGUCAGCAGUCACUCUGCAGCAGUCACUCUUCAGCUCAGCGGUGAAGCUGAAGAGACUUGACGUGUGUUUGUUCUGUGCUGAACUGAACAAAGACAGUGUUGAUGAAAUUGACCCGAGCUUUUAAAGGAUUUUAGCACUAUCUUUGCUUUUUUUGUAGCCAAUUAAAGAGUUAGUGAGGCCUAA